AUGGUCAAGAAACCCAAAAAACUGCCGUACGAGCUACAGAAAUUCAUACAAAAGCCAUCGCCGUACCAAUUAGAACGUGAUGACACCCGUCUCGUCGAGGAAUGUCGAGCUCGAACCUUCAAACGUUUCGAAACUGCUCGUUGCGACCAAAAUGCGAUAAUGUUUCACGUGCAAGAACAACGUCUGAGUUGCGAACUACGCGAAUUGGAUGAAGCAAUUGACGAUGACCGCACGAUAAAUUUCCACACCGAACGACAUCUCGACAAUUGUAUCAACGAGCUGCUCGAUACGAUUGGCAUGUGGGACGAUCGCAUUGCACGCGAAACGGAAAUGCUGGAAAAUGCAAUGCAACAAUUGAAUGAGCGACGUUACGCCAUGGAAAAGCGAAAGAAAGAAAUGGAAGAACGAUUUGAAAUGCAACGAGAAGCAAUUGUGACAUGGCAGGCGAAGAUGCGAGAAGAAAAGGAAUUGAUUUUGGCUGCAAAAUGCUCCAUCAAAAUUCAGGCAUGGUGGAGAGGUGUGAUGGUACGAAAAGGCCUUGGUCCAUUUAAAAUAAAAAUUCCGAAGAAAAAACGCAAAAAAGGUAAAAAAUCUAAAAAAUAAUCCGAUGCAUCGAAAAAAAAUAUUCGUUGCUGA